AUUUUUAUGCACAGUAAUGGUACUACUAGUGAGACACGGCAAUUGGAAACAGUGUUAAGAAGUAGGAAUAUCCGCAACUCAGUGAGUCAGAGUGGAAACAGAGAUGACACUGCUACUGAAACCCAUUACUCGGCUAUCUCUCUUCCAAACCCAUUUCCAGAUUAAUAAUAAUAAUAAUCCAAGAGCAAGAGAAACCUCAGUAUCAUGUAGUUGGAGUCACGGAGCUCACAAAAUUGUGCGUGAAUUUGAUCCCAAAAUCCCCAUAGAGAAAGCCAUCACUCCCCCCUCCUCCUGGUAUACUGAUCCCUCCUUUUAUGCUUUUGAACUCGAUCGUGUGUUCUACAGGGGUUGGCAGGCUGUUGGGUAUACUGAACAGAUACAAGAACCCCGUGAUUUCUUCAGCGGCAGACUGGGAAAUGUAGAGUUUGUGGUAUGCAGGGAUGAUAAUGGAAAAAUAGCUGCUUUUCACAAUGUUUGUAGACAUCAUGCCUCUCUUCUUGUGUCUGGAAGUGGGAAAACGUCUUGUUUUACAUGCCCUUACCAUGGGUGGACAUAUGGUUUAAAUGGAGAACUUCGUAAAGCGACUAGAAUUUCAGGAAUAGAGGACUUCUCCAUAAAUGAUUUUGGACUUGUACCUAUAAAAGUUGCUACUUGGGGACCAUUUGUUAUUCUUAAUAUGGACAAUGAGAUUUUACAAAAGGACAAUAUUGAUACUGACAACGUUGCAAGUGAAUGGCUUGGUAGCUCCUCUGAAUUAUUUAGCCUUAAUGGAGUUGAUACCACACUAACUUAUGUUUGUCGACGUGAGUACAUCAUUGAAUGUAACUGGAAGGUAUUCUGCGACAACUACUUGGAUGGUGGUUACCAUGUGCCAUUUGCACACAAAGGCCUUGCAUCUGGUCUUUCACUUGAUUCAUAUACCACCUCAAUAUUUGAAAAGGUUAGCAUCCAAAGUGCUGAAGGUGGCUCUAAAGAGAAGGAAGAUGAUCGGCUUGGAUCAAAAGCUUUUUAUGCUUUCAUUUAUCCAAAUUUCAUGAUUAACAGGUAUGGACCUUGGAUGGACACCAAUCUGGCAAUCCCAUUGGGACCAAGGAAAUGCCUGGUAGUGUUCGACUAUUUUCUUGAAGCUUCUUUUAAGGAUGACAAAGCUUUCAUUGAGAGAAGUCUAGCGGAUAGUGAAAAAGUUCAGGAAAAUACGCAGAUGGAAGACAUUAGACUGUGUGAAGGUGUUCAAAAGGGUAUUGAAUCACCUGCAUAUAGUACUGGAAGGUAUGCGCCAAAUGUUGAGAAGGCCAUGCAUCAUUUCCAUUGUCUGCUUUAUGAUAAUCUCAUAAACUAAUUCACCUUGUAUGGGAAAAACAUUUGAGAAUUUUCUUCUGUUUGCCGAAUGCUUUUCUAAACUGCUGCUUAGCAUUUAUCGAAUAAGGAAAGAGUGAGAAAGGCGUACGGGUAGUCCUUGGUAUUCAUGUAUAUGAGGGGGAGGAGGCAAGGGAGAAUAGGGGGAAAGAUGAGAGGGUUUUGGGGAGAUAGUGAACACAUUUGGGGAGUGAAGUCUUGAUGGAUAGGAGCGAGAGGAACACUUCUGGCAUGGUAGCUAGAAUGGAAUAGAGUUAUGAUUGAAAAUCUAUUCCAUGGGUAUGGUAUAAAUUUGUAACAUAAUAUAAACAUAUAAUAAUUAUUUAGUUGGGUGGAAUGCAAUGGAAUGAGCAAAUUGUAAUAAUAGCUUUACACAAAAAAUUUAGCCUUUCAUUUAAA